GGGUGGGACAGGGCGGGGAUUGGGAGCCCCACGGAAGCGGCGCAGGGCGUGGGUCCGAGCGGAGCGGAGCGGAGCGGAGCGCCGCCUCCCCGGGCCGCGGGGCGGGCCGGGCUGCCGAGGCCUGGCCGAGCCGGGAGCGGGGCCGAUGGAGGAGGAGGAGGAGGAGGAGGAGGAGGAAGCCGGCGGCGGGGGAAGGGGGGUCCCGGCGGGCGGCAUCGCCCUGCACGACUUCAGCGGGCGGCUGGGCGAGCAGCGGGUGCAUUUCCACGCCAUGAGGCUGCGGGACUCGCUCUUCCUCUGGGUGGGCGCCGCGCCCGCCCUCGCCAGCCUGGCCGUCGCCAUGUGCAGCCCACGCGACAGCAUCCCGGUGGCCGCCUCGCUCCUGGGGGACCCCUCGGACACCACCUCCGCCUGCCUGGCCCAGCGCUUGGCCAGCAAGACCAAAAAACAGAUAUUUGUCAGCUACAAUCUUCAAAACACAGACAGCAGUUUCACCUUACUCAUAGAAAACAGGAUCAAAGAAGAAAUGAUGGCUUUUCCAGAGAAGUUCUGACAUUGCUUCACUGUAAAAUAACCUGAAGUUUUUGUUUUAGAAAAACUGCAAUUUUCACACUAAGUUAGUAUAUUUGUUUUGUAUUGUUUUGAUUUAAUUUGCAGUUAUUAAAUAUAGAUGGACCUAAA